UCUAUCACUGCCAAAUCCACAGAGAUAUACCCUUAUUCCACCCGGUAUUAACUUUGACCCGAUCUCCUCCUCGAUUACCAUGUCAUCCAAAACUUUCGUUGUCACCGGUGCCUCGAGAGGUAUCGGUCUCGCUAUUGCGAAGUAUCUCCUCACUGCGCCACAAUCCCACAACCUGGUCGUGGUCGCCCGCAGCGUCGAGCCCCUUCAAAAGCUGAAAGACCAGUACCCCAAGCAGGUCGAGGUGCUAAAUGGCGACCUCGCGGAUUUCUCGAUCGGCCAGAAGGCAGUUGAUCUGGCGUUGAAGUCGUUCGGGCGUCUGGAUGGCUUAGUGCUCAAUCACGGGGUGCUUGGCCAAGUGGGCAAGGUCGCCGAAGCAGAUCCAGCACAGUGGAAGCAGGGAUUGGAUGUCAAUUUCAUCGGUUGCGUGGCUUUUGUUAAGGCUGCGCUGCCGGCGCUUCGUGAACCCAAGGGCAGAAUCGUCUUCACUUCCUCGGCGGCUUCCGUCUCGGCAUUCAGGGGCUGGGGUCUGUAUGGUGCAAGCAAGGCGGCCAUGAACCAUCUGGCUCUGACGCUUGGGGAAGAGGAGCCCGACGUAACGACCUUGUCUGUUGAUCCGGGCUUGGUUGACACUGAAAUGCAGCGUGAGAUCCGCGAGGACCACAUCGCUACAAUGGACUCCCAGUUCCAUUCAUUUUUUACAACUGCCCACCAGGGAGGACAAUUAUCUAAACCUGAACAACCCGGCCAUGUUAUCGCUAAGUUGGUGAUUGAUGCUCCGAACUCUUUAACAGGCAAGUACCUCGCAUGGAACGACCAAGCUCUGGAAGCUUUCCAAUAG